UAUCCCUUUAAUGGAAACCAGUUUGUUUCAGGCUUUAAAUGAAUGGUUAGGCCUAUAGUGAAGAAAGUGUGUUUACUUUGUAUUGGCAUUUUUCAAUUUAAUUGCAAAAAGGAGCUGUUACCUGCCAACAUCUGGGAGCAAUCCAUGGAUAGAUCCACACUUGCCCAACAGGUGGAGAGUGUUGAGCGAAAUGUAGCAUUUUUGCAGCAGGAACAUCGGAUCCUCCUGACCGGUCUACGGCUAGAGAUACACAACCUGAAGAAACGAUGCAAUGAGCUGAGUUGUGACCUAAGUAAAAGACCACCAGCGAGAAGCCAAGAAGGUGAGUAUAAAAUAUCACAAAAUUCCAGCCAUUCCCACAUGUUCCCUCAACUCUGUGUUAUUAUAGAUAUUGAGUUGGAGGAAGAGCUGCUACAGGCACGAUUACUGGAGACAGAGCAGCAUUUGGCUGAGCAGGAAAGUGCGCUGGUGCAGCUUCGGGUGGAGCUACGGAAAAAGGGGGCACUUGCGAGCGCUCUGCAGGUUCGACUUCGAGAUGAAGAGCGGCGCUUCCUGGAUGAGCUAAAACGGCGCAGUCAUAAGAUCACGACGCUGAGUCGUGACCUCCGCAAGCAGACCGAUGUGGCCGCUCAACUCUCUUUCCAACUCCAUUCAGCACACUUUCGAUUGUAUCACCAGGCAGAAGACUUUGAGGAAGAUGAUGAAGAAGAAGAUGAUGAUGGGGGUGCCAUGCAGGAAUCGGAAUGGACUGCAAAUUCUCCGUGGACAUCUCCAGUGAUGGCGGAAAACACACGUCAAAGCCGAGCUUCAGGAAGGAUGCGGAGAUCGGAGAGAGUGAGGGAAUGCGUGCCCCGUGAAAGGGUGCUUGGGCCCGAGGAGCCCCGUCCCAUGCCUGACCCCGCCCUUUUCCUUUAUCCUUUCAGACAUAGGCUCCUCCCCUUGCACAGGUCACUUGGAGAUCCCUGGAGCGAAGGCGGCCUUUCAAGGAUGUCGGUAGCUCGAAAAGGUAGAUUCAGGAACCGACCACUGAGGGAAGACAUUGGACCAGAGACAACAGAGUUAUAGAGUGUAACAGUGCCCGUCCCUUUUUUCAGCAACCUUGGUUCCAGAGGUGUUUUUCCCAUUCAUUUUUUUCUAUAGGGAUUUAUCAAAAGUCUUCGUUUAGGAGUUAUAAUUUUAAGCCAUGAACCAAACCAACCAGCUACAAUGCGAAUCACAACAUUACAAACUUUGAUUUGAAGCAAAAAAGGUUUUGAAAAUCUGACAAAAAAGACAAAGGUACAAGCCUGUGUACUUCACAGCUUUAAUGAGGGAAAGAACUACAAUCCCAUGAAGCACUACAAAUAAC